AUGCUUCGAACCCCAAAAACAUCGUACGCACCUGCUCCAUAUAGAGUGCCACUAAACCGACGUGUCAUCCACUCUCCCGGUCGGAACGAUGCCACCAGUUCCAGUUCCAGAUUCAAUCAAUCCAGACAAGACGAUCUAUACAUCAAUGACAAUAGCUCCUUCAGUCAAAUGGUAGAUCAUAGAGAUUCAGAAGCCGUUGUCACUUCUCCAUCACCUCGUGCACCAUCCAAACGCCUUCGAGCCACUGUCGACGGCCGAUGGAGUCCAUUCGGGUUCGCAGCGACGGAACUAUACAACUACGAAAAUGGGAUUCCACUGGAUAGAGCAACUUGUGAUGUAAAUUUGAAAUAUGUGGCACGACAAACAGAAAACUUUCAGAGAAACCUUCAGAAACUGGUCAAAAAUACACGUGAAGUCGACUACUACGAGUUCUUACGUUCUGCACAAGAAUGUCGGUUGGCAGGAAAUCAUAUAUUGGAAAAUGUUUGCCUUCAAAUGGCUUUUUCUGCUGGAAUGAGCAAUAUUCAAAACAAAAAAGUCGCAAAAGUGGUCGAAAAGCCAACAAAUCUGACUGAAAAGGCACAAAAAGCAUUUUCUUUGGAUCGAGCUAACGAAGUUCACGAUACGGUUCUUCAUCUUCCCAAUAACAACUAUUUCCGUCUUUCUGCGAUUUUCCAUGCCAAUGAUGUAGGAGAUUGGAGUGGUACGAACCUCAGAAAAUCUCUGAGAGCGUUCGCCCGCUACCUUUUCGACAAGAUAGCCGCUGACGAUACCGAGAUGCCCUGCUACGCUUCUUCGAAAAAUGCGGAAAUUUACGUCCCAGUCUCGGAAGAUUUUCUAAAUUCUAUUGCUGAUUACGCCAUCGCUGGAUUCGGUCUCGAUCACUCCAGCGACAACAAAGCAGAAUUUUUCGCAACUAUUAAGGAUGUUCUUUCGUGCAAGCUAAAUCGCGUACGAAAGGAGUCCAAAUCGGCGAAUAGUGAACGCAAACGGGUUCACAUUUCUUCGACUCACGAGUGGUUCAGUGGUAGUGGGUCGGUGUAG